CCAUUCUGCAAGCCUUUAUCACCAACAAACGAUACAAGUCCAAUUAAGCUUGCCAAGAAAACGCGCACUAACAAGCCCUGUCUAUAGUUCAACAUAAUUUCUUGAAGAGACAAACGAUAUUUUAGCGCAUAAAACUUCUUUUACAACAAAUCUUCACGUAAGUUACUUGAUUAUUUUGAUGGGAUUUGAUGAGAGACCAUACUGAUGCAACUUGACAGUAAUCUAACCUAAAAUCUACUGUGUAUUCAAAACACCCUUGUCAUAUAGUCUGGUGAAUAAUUGGUGCAUAGAAUACAAGCAUUGAUUGUUACAAUGAUAAAUAAAUAUAUUCAACACAAAUUUUCAAAAAGUUAUGACUCCGCACUUAAGUCAAAUUUAAAUGAAUUUCAAGUACUUUCACAUGCCAAACUUUGAAAAAUACGUUAAAUAAAAAAAAAUAAGAAACUAGUUCAAUUAUAAUUCUUUGUAAUCUUUUGAUAAAGUAACGAAUCAGAAAAUAUCGCCGUUUUUAAAAAUCCCGCGCACACUGACAGGCGAUAUUAUCACGAGAGAGACGAGAACUAACCUUCGCAACAUAUAUAUAUAUUAAUUAUCACACAAAGCACAAGCACAACUGUAGGUGCAGUAGGCGACGAUUGACGAGGCAGACCGGCCCAAAAAACCGUCUGUAAAUCCACGAUCAAUAGACAACAUCCAGAGUUCCAAAAACAAUCGAUCACAGCUUAUUCGAACAUACGAGCGGCGCAGUUCACUGCAACAAAAGACGUAUAAGUAAUCGCAUCAACGAAAAAGUGUCAUCAUCCAUCUAGAGCCCAAUUCGCCAUAUGCCCGUGUAUUUACGCGGCAAAGACAAAGCGCCGUGGAAAGUUUUGCGCUUUACUUUGUUUUGAUUACACACGCGCAUAUCCAAAUUCCAGGAAUCGCAGCGCAACUGUGUAGUGUCUACGUGUGUCGGAGAGAGAAAAACGAUACUCGGGGGGAGGGUUGAGCCUGAGCCCAUCAGUAGCUCGCUGGCACUCGCUCACUCGCGACCUCUCAUCAGUGUCACACAUUCGCCUGCGCUUUCAAGGUGAAAAGCCGAGCAAAUCAGUGUUUUUGUGUUUGGUUUCGAAUACAUCUCGUCGUGCUUCGUUUUCAAUGAAAAUGUCGAGUAUCAGUACAACUGUUAAGCCCAACGAAGUAAAACGCGAAGAGUUUCGAAAGUACCUGGAGCAUCAUGGUGUUAUGGAUGCUUUAACCACGGUCCUGGUGUCGUUGUACGAGGAGAACGAGCGACCUGAUGAUGCUUUAGAAUAUAUUCGAAAACAUUUUGCUGUCAAUGAUGUUCUCAAGCCCGAUAGUACAUUGGAGGUAGAGUCUCUAAAGAGAGAUUUAGCUGAGGCCAAGUCACAGAUUGCGGAAUUGCAGGAGAAACUUAACAAGAAGGAGUCUGAGAAUGCGGCAUAGUGAGGCAGACAGUUUGUUGAUUAACUUGUGAUUCUGUACUAGUCGUGAUUCGUCCUAAAGAAAUUGACAAGUCUGCCUCCAACAGAAGAAAACACUGUGCCUUACAUAAGAUAUAAAGAUAUAUAAUGUAGCUUAUUAUCAAGUGCUUAGCUCUUUGACUAUCUACAUUUUAGAUAUUUAGACAAAUUAAUGUUCACAUUCGCAUAAUUUUAGUAAUUAAUUACUUAUUGACUAGAGUAAUUCUGGAGAACAAGUCAUCAACCUUAUAAAAAUUCAUCUUAAAUCUAUAGAGUAGAUUAAACUUUUUUUAUUAUACUAUAUUUACUUUUCUAUAGAAGGUGUACUUGUGUUCACUACUUAUUUUAAAUAAGUUUUUUGAAUUAGAGAAAUUCAAGUGUGUCAAGAUGUAAAAAUGGAAGAAUAGCAAUGUUCAUAUACAAGGCAUAACUGUCAAAGACUGUUUAGCAAGUAAUGCUAAGGAAUAAAAACAUCCUUUGUACUUAAAAA